GAUUGGAAAAACAGAGGCAGUCACAAACCAAGAAAAGUCCAAUCUUCAUUAAUUGUCAAUAAUCCUUACAAUUUUCCAUCCUCUUAUCUUCAAUUCUUUCUUCUCCUCCAAUCCUCCUCCUCCUCUGCUAUAUCAUUCAAGAAACUGAUCAUCUAACCAUGGAUAGAGAACAAGAAGAGCUGCAGUUUCUUGGAAUCUUAGACAUAUACAAAGAAUCCUACAAGAUCAUCUUCACAUGGAGGAAGAUCUUCACCCAGAUAACACUUGCCCUGAUUCUCCCUCUAUCUUUCAUCUUCCUAUCUCACAUCCAGAUAUCAGAUCUCAUCUUCUCCAAUAUCAUCGAUGAUGAAAUACAGUUAGACCAUGCAAGAGCUGGCUCUCCAAGAUACAAGAAAUUAAACGAUCUUCUCUCCUCCGAAUGGACCUAUUUCUGGCUCUUCAAGAUUGCAUACUUCACUUUCUUUCUUAUUUUCUCCCUUCUAUCAACCGCAGCAGUUGUUUACACCAUUGCUAGUAUUUACACAGGCCGAGAAGUCACUUUCGCCAACGUUAUUAGCGUAGUCCCUAUGGUUUGGAAGAGGCUUAUGGUCACUUUUUUGUGUAUUUUUGCAGCUCUUUUGGCCUAUAACGUAUUUGCUUUCCUGCUUUUUGUUGCAUGGGCAAUUUUGAUUUCAGACACAAGUAUUGGGUUCGUGGCUUUCUUUGGUUUGCUGAUUUUGUACUUGGUGGGUGUUACGUACAUGAGCAUAAUCUGGCAGCUGGCUAGUGUUGUGUCCGUGUUAGAGGAGGCUUGUGGGGUGAAGGCCAUGGCGAAGAGCAGGGCUCUAGUAAAGGGGAAGAUGCGGGUAACAACAGUUAUAUUCUUGAAGCUGAAUCUGUCUCUGUUCGUAAUUCAGGUAGCAUUUGAGAAGCUGGUGGUUCAUGGGAGAUACUUAGGCAUGGUGAAUAGGGUAUCAUAUGGAAUAAUUUGUUUCUUGUUGCUGUUUAAGCUGUUUCUGUUUUUACUAGUAAUCCAAACAGUGAUUUACUUCGUCUGCAAAUCUUAUCACCAUGAAAAUAUCGAUAAAUCAGCCCUGUCCGAUCACCUUGAAGUUUAUCUUGGAGAAUAUGUUCCUUUGAAGUCUAAGGAUGUCCAGCUACAAGAAUUUGAAGUUUGAAGAGAACAAUAUCAUAUAUACAGAGAGAAAUAAACAGUCGUAGUGUUUUUCUAGUUUUCCCCCAAUAUAUUCCUGUAAAAAUUUUCAAUCUUCAGAAGGUAUAAAUCAAAACGAUGUGAUAUUAUCCUUUGUAAA